CUGCAACCCCUUUGCGCCAUCCUCUGGUAUUUUAGUUUGCCACUGCACGUCCUUCCAAGGCCUUAGGGACUCCGAAGGAGUCCCGGUCAAAUUAUAUUUCAUCGAAUGGAAAGAUCUUAAAUAAGACAACAAAGAAUACUGUUAUUUUGCAUCAAGAGAGGAGUCCUAAUGCGCAACCCAAGAUUAUUCCUUUCCAGAGGGGGUUUCUUCUCCAAACCAGGACUGCUUCCCUGGGAUACUGGAAGACCACCAGAUUUGUCGCAGUCCUUAUUGGGAAGAGCAUAUAAAGGGAGUUUCACCAGCGUGAUAGCUAAGAAGCACCCAAGCGGACAAAAAUAUCAGAAGAAACAGAGGCCUUGUAAAGAUGACUCCUGGCAGGAGAGGCUGGCUGAUGUUGUGACUCCACUCUGGAGGCUGAGUUAUGAAGCACAACUCAAGGUGAAAUUUGAAGCUCAGAAGAAACUUUUACAAAGCCUAGAGUCUCACCUACAAGUGCUCCAUGGAGUCAGUGACAUGGUGGCUACACCCCAGUCUGAGGGGCUCCACUGUCUCCUCCAUCCCAUUAUACCCUCCCCUACCACCACUGGCUACCGGAACAAGUCCACCUUUUCCGUGAACCGGAGCCCAGAUGGCAAUCCGAAGACCGUGGGCUACUACCUAGGAACUUGGAAAGAUGGAAAUGUCGUCUGUCUACCAUGUAAUCAUCUGAAAAACAUCCCAGAGAAACACAGUCAAGUGGCUCAGUACUAUGAAGUAUUCCUUCGACAGUCUUCAGUGGAACCCUGCCUUCUCUUUCAUGAAGGUGGACACUGGCGUGAACUCGUAGUUCGUACCAAUAGGCAAGGACACACAAUGGCUAUUGUCACUUUUCAUCCUCAGGGAUUAAGUGAGGAGGAGCUCUGUGUUCAGAAGGUGACCUUGAAGGAUUUUUUCACUAAAGGCCCUGGAGCGGUCUGUGAAUUGACCUCGCUCUAUUUCCAGGAAAGCACCAUGACCCGUUGCAGCCAUCAGCAGUCCCCCUACCAGCUCCUGUUUGGGGAGCCCCACAUUUUUGAGGAUCUUCUGGGUUUGAAGAUUCGAAUUUCUCCAGAUGCCUUCUUCCAGAUUAAUACUGCUGGGGCAGAGAUGCUGUAUCGGAUCAUUGGGGAGCUGAGCGGAGUGAACUCUGAGAGCCUCCUCUUAGACAUUUGCUGUGGCACGGGUGUGAUUGGCCUCUCUCUGGCUCAGCGUGCCUCCCAGGUUCAUGGCAUUGAGCUAGUGGAGCAGGCAGUAGAGGAUGCCAGGUGGACUGCAGCCUUCAAUGGUGUCACCAACUGUGAGUUUCAUGCUGGCAGAGCAGAGACGAUUUUGCCACAGCUGUUAAAGUCACAGAAAGAUGAGAAGUUGACUGUUGCUGUGGUGAACCCUGCCCGAGCUGGACUGCAUUACAGAGUGGUGCGAGCCAUUCGGAACUGCAGGGCCAUCCGCACUCUAGUGUUUGUUUCCUGCAAGCCCCAUGGUGAAAGCACAAGGAACUUCAUUGAACUAUGCUGUCCUCCAGAUUCUGCAAAGCAGCUCCUAGGAGACCCUUUCGUCCUGAGAGAAGCUGUGCCUGUGGAUUUGUUUCCCCACACCCAACACUGUGAACUGGUACUCCUCUUCACUCGGUAAGACCUGGACGCUGCAGGCUGAUAAGGCUCAAGUUUCCGAGACACCCAGGUUGCCAUAGGAGACAGUGGAAGCAUCACCAGAAAGACCAAUUUUGAAUCCUGGCCAAAAGAAUUUGGCUGGCCUCCUUCUCUGAGGCAGAUUGGACUGUAGCUUGCCGUAUUCCUUUGGGGUUAUCCAUAUUCCCUUAGCUUUGACUGCUCCUAACUCCUUGAACCUGAAUUUGUGUUGCUCUAUCCUUUUGCUGUCUAUACAUCUUUCAAUAUACAGUCUUGUCCCUGCCAUGGGAUUCUGCUUUUGUUGUGAGGACAACUGCUUUUUUGAGCAGCCGGCAGUAAUUUCAUAUUGACUGGGACCUGUAUAUUUUCUCUGAGAUUUUACCAUUUGCAUUUUUUGUUUUUGUUGUUUUGUUUUGUUUUGAAACAGGGUCUCACAUAGUGCACACUAGCCUUGCACUCACAAUACAACUGAGGUUGACUUUGAACUUGUAAGCCUUCUGCCUGCACUUUGUGAGUGUUGGGAUUACAGGCAUGUGCCACCACUCAUGGCUUUAUGUAGUGAUGGGGAUCAAAGCCAGGGAAGGAUGCCUGUGAGGGAAACCCGUUUACUAACUGAGCUACAGCCCUAGCCCCUUGCAAAUAUUUUUAGGAAGUAGAACCACAUUGAGCUUUUUACAAAGCACAAUAAGAGGCUAGGGAGAUGGCUAACUGGGUAAAGUCCUUAUGGCACACAGGAAGCUGAAUUUGGAUAUCUAGCACAUAAUAACAAGACAUAGUGGUACCUGCCUGUUCUUGUGCUGAGACAUGUAUGCAGUGGGAUCCUGAGGGCUUUCCUGGACAGUCAAUUUAGCUAAUAGUAGUUUAAUGAGAGACCCUAUCUCAAAAAAGUUGAAAAAUGAUAAGACACCUGAUAGCAACAUCUGUCCUCCACAAGUAUAAUCACACAUACAUACUACACACAUGCAAUGCAGACAAAGUUAUAUCAUGAUUACAGGGUUGUUGGGCUUUCUAGAAUUUGACACUUCUAAACUGUCCUUUCAUGAUGGGGUUAUCUCUGGGGCUGGAGAGAUGGCUCAGUGUUCACAAGCAUAUAAUGCUCUUGCAGAGGCCCUAAGUUUGCUUCUUAGUAUCCAUGUCAAGCUGCUCAUUACUGCCUCUAACUAACUCUAGUUCCAGGGGAUCUGAUACCCUCUGCUGCUCUCCAUGGACAUGGUACUUACAUGCACAAACCCAUAUUCACACACAUGCAAAUACACAUAGUUUAAAAAUAACUUUUAAAAAGCUUAAAGAGAAAAUGGGGUUAUCUCUAGGAACAAUAAUGCCAUUCAUCUCUUACCUGUAGAAGGAGAAUCAGUCAUUAGAAAUCCCCCAAAGGGUUAAGAAACUCGGAAAGGAAGGACCGCAUACUUAGAUUGUCCUGUGUAUUCUGGAGGAAGGAAGCACCAGUGGUCCUAUAGUAACCCUGUCUGUGUUAUAAUAAAGUGAAUGUUGAAAUUAACUGUA